AUGUGUCUAAAUAUACUCAAUUCUAUCACGACUCGUGAUCACAAGGAUGAUAUUACUGGCCUUCCUUAUGCCACUCUAGUGACCAAGUUCCUCAAGAAAGUUGGUGUGGAUCUUGAUGCUUAUAAGUCCUCUGCUGACCUUUCUGUGUACCAUCCUAUUGGAGCAAUCAUUAAUGAUCUCCAGGACCCAGUACGAGCUGUUGAGCAACGACGUAUGGUGGAAAAUGGGGAUCAAGAAUACAUGGAUGGAGCGAGGGAUAUGGGAGCUGAUGAAGCCAAUGAGGAUGAUGAUGGUGAUGGUGAUGAGGGUGAUGAUUUAGUUGAUGAUGCUGAUAGUAGAUUUAGGCCUCGUCAACAAGUUCAGUGA